AUGAAAACAAAGUUAAAGGGAGCUCAAACGGGGCAUAGCUUAUUAAAACGUAAGAGUGAAGCGCUCACAAAACGUUUUAGAAUUAUAGUUCAAAAGAUUGAAGAUGUUAGUGUGCUGUCUUUUUCUGAUGUUCAAGAAAGUGUUAAAAGUGCACAAUUACGUGUCCGCACAAAACAGGAAAAUGUAUCUGGUGUUAUGUUACCUGCAUUUGAAUGCUAUACGGAGGGUUCUAAUGUUUUUGAAUUAACUGGUCUUGGGCGUGGUGGUCAGCAAGUUCAAAAAUGUAAGGAAACUUAUGUUAAAGCGGUUGAAACUUUAGUGGAAUUGGCUUCGCUGCAGAUGACCAAUCGUCGUGUCAAUGCAAUUGAAUAUAUUAUUAUACCAAGAAUAGAAAAUACUAUCAAAUACAUUAUUUCUGAGUUAGAUGAACAAGAUCGUGAAGAGUUUUUCAGAUUAAAAAAAGUGCAAGGUAAGAAGAAGAGAGACCAACAAGCUGUCGACACAGAGCGUGGACCUGUAAGCAGUGGUGAGUUACUUGAUAAAUUGUACUCUGGCAAAGAAUCACGGGUUUAUAAAGUUCGUCCGGAAAUUGUUGAUUUUGAAGUAAGGUUUGAUGGUACUGGGGAAUUGCUAUUUGGUAAUAUGUUUGAAUAUUUUCAAUAUCAAUAA